CUCGCCUCCCGCCUCAACAAACGUAUCCCACGUGCGUUUCCACGUGGCAAAGUCACGCGAGCAACCACACAUAGCGGGAUCCCCACGCGAGGCGAAGCGAGAGAGCGGACGGAGGCGAGCACACCUCACGCCAGCGUCAACCACGCCGUCACGCGAGUCGAGUAUCAGUGGUUGAGCUUGGGCAGUGUGCAUAGAGCUGUGCAGGCCGACUGUCGAAACGAGGUGACGGUAUUCCCCACGAGUAUACACGUCGCAGGUGUGAGUGUAGUUUGCUUGCCGGAAACGUAGCGAGAUAAUUGCUCACGCUCGAUAGUUUGAACGGUGGUCAAGAGCGGCAAACGCAGUCAUCGACGUAUCAAGGCGCCGCAAGCUCUCCAUCGCAACCAUGCACGCCACAGCUACGCGUGCGGCUGUGACACCAGUCCCGUGGCGGGAGACAAGGUUCUGGAUCUACACAUUUGUGCUGCUGUCGUACAUGGCGACGCUGAUGCUGCAGAUUGUGGCGACGGCGCAAAUGCUGAUUGCAGAGGUCUGUGAGCGCGGCCACUACGCCGACUGCGACUCGGACACGGUCUCGUCCAAGGCCGCGGUAUGGACGCUGUACGGCGGCCUGGCUUCGUCGCUGACCGGCGUCGGCGUCUCGGGCACCGUGGGUGUGCUCUCGGACAAGUUUGGCCGACGCUGGGUCGUUGUCCUUCCUCUCGUCGGGCUGACGGCCAACACACUGACGCUGGCCUUGUUCAAGGCCUACUCCUGGCCGCUGUGGACCCUGGUCGCCAUCUCGGGCGGGACCGGCCUGUUUGGCGGAUCGCCCACCAUGUUCAUGGCCAUCUACACCGCCGUCGCCGACAUUGUGCCCGAGGUCGAGCGUUCUAAGAAGUUUGGCUACACCGAAGUCUCCCUCUACCUUGGCGUCAUGGCCGGAACCUCCGUCUCGGGCAUCCUCAUCGAGCACUUUGACUACAAGACACUAUUUGUGGCCAUGACCGUGGCGGGAGCAGCGCUCACUCUCAUCGCCGCCGCCAUGCCCGAGACGCUCGCGCCAUCGCAGAGGGUCGAGACCGUCUCGUGGGCCAAGGCCAAUGUCUUUGGCGCGCUCGGUGUCAUGACUCGACCGACACGGCUCGGUCCGUGGCCGGUUCUGGCAGGCCUUGGCCUCGCUUUCCUCCUCUCGUACGGCGCCAUUGUUGCCUUUGGUUCGAUCGUCAUCCUCUACUCCAAAGUCAAGCUCCACUGGACACCGCGCGAGCUCGGCUUCUUCCUCGGCUCGCAGUGGAUCAUUCGCGCUGCCUGCGUCUCCAUCCUCUCGCCGCUCCUGCUCCACACUCAGAACGUGCGGCGAAUCACCCUGUUCUCCGUCAUCGGCCUCUGCAUGCAGGCCGGGUCGAUGUUGACCUACGCACUCGCGCCCGACACCGGCAUUAUGUAUGUCGGCUCAGCCAUCGGUGGCCUCUCUGCUGUUGCCUUUCCGGCCAUCCGCUCCCUCUUCUCGCUGGCAGUCUCUGCCAAAGAGCAGGGCGUCGCGCUUGCCGCGCUCUCCGCCGCCGAAACCGUCGCCAAUAUCCUCCUCCCUGCCUUUGCCUCUGGCUUUUACUCGGCCACCGACUCGUCGUGCCUGCCCUGCACCCUCUACGUCCUCGUAGGGCUCCUGCUUGCCGGCGCAGGCUGUGCCGCCGUCGCGCUGCGCUUCCUCUCGCCGGUUCUCGAGCUCACUCUCGACACACCCGACGACAUGGACAACGUCUCUUCGGCGCAGGUCGAGUCGCGCCCGCUCUUGGCUCCAGUUGCAGUGCCAGAGCCGCUCGCGCCAUGACCUCACGACGCGCGCGUCAUGGCCGCAAGUGACCUGUGCGCGGCCUCAUGCCACGAUCGGUUGAGCGGCGACGGCGAGACCGACGGGUCCGGCGAGCCGCCACGCGCAAUGGUCUUUGCUGCUGCUGAGAGCGAGAAGACCGACCGCACCCGAGUCGGCGAUCCGCCACCUCGCAUAGUCGGCGACGAGACCGUCGACCUUCGCAGCGUUGGGGCCAGCAGCCGCCGCGUCGCAGACGCUGGCGACGUUGACUCGUCAAGCCACCGCCGCCGCUCGUAGUCGCCGACCGACUCGGUCUCAGCAUCACUGCUAGCGACCUGGUCUGGUCCGUACGCCUUGGACAACGCAUGCAGGUCCGAGGCUAGCGCCGCCACCGCCGCAAGCUUGGCUCCGCGCGACGGCGACGCCACUGCAGCGCGGACCCGAGAUCGCGACGCGUCGCGCAGACUCUUGGCUCGCCGUGACACACUGUCGUCGCGCUGGAUCUGGGCCAGCGGCGACGCGCUGCCGUGGACCCUGCUCGACACCUGGUAGGCCUUGGUCGGCGAGAGCUGUGCUACCACUCGUGGGCCCAGUCCGCGCAGCCGCGAGUGGCUCUUGCUCAGCGUCACGCUCUCCAGAUCGCGCAUAGCUAGCGACCGCGCCACCACGCUUGCCGGCGCGUCGACAUCCAGCGCCCGGAGCCGCGCAGACCGGUUGACCGAGAGCGAGGCUGUCGUAAACGGUGACUCGUGGACAUG